UGGGCUCUCAGUGCCUGGAGUGGGCGGCGGGUUUGGACGGAGCACGGUGCUUGUUCCCAUGCGGAAACUUCCUUGUCAUUUGCAGCCUCUGAAUGAAAGCAAGGCAGUCGGUGGUUGGUGCAGACAUUGCGGCUGAUUGCACAGUAUGCGGGUCGUGCGUUCCGCGGGUUUGUGACAGCGCUCUGUGGUCUUGCUGUUCCUCGGCUGGCUGUUUUCUCUAUGUGGUCAGAUCAGGCUUGACGUCAGCAUGCAUCUACUGAGGACUUUAUAUCUGAGAUGCCAUUCCAGUAUAAUAUCUGUUUCCACCUUACCGUUACGAGCUUGUAGACAACAACAGAGAUGCUUCUUCUCACCAAGGAUUGGAUGUCAGGUUUUCACAUUUCAUGGACAGAACCAUUGCUUCCAUUCAGCCCCUAGACUAGAAUCAUCUCAAGACAAAAGAGACGGCCAGAGCCCUUCUCUUGAUGCCAGUCACCCAGUGAAAAGUAAAGAGACCACCUCUGCCACUGAGGCUCCGGUUACCGAAGAGGAGACGGACCCUUUACAAGACAAGUCCAUUGGCCUGGUACAGAGGUUCAAAAAGACUUUUCAGCAGUAUGGAAAAGUUAUGGUUACCGUCCAUGUGCUGACCUCCAGUGCAUGGCUCGGGACCUUUUACUAUGCGGCUGUGCAAGGAAUAAACGUGGUUCCUUUCCUGGAGUUCAUUGGAUUGCCUGAAAGUAUAGUGAAUAUUCUGAAGAAUUCGGAGAGCGGGAAUGUGCUCACAGCCUAUGCCUUGUAUAAGAUUGCCACCCCAAUCCGAUAUACUGUAACAUUAGGAGGGACUUCUGUAAGUGUUAAAUAUCUCCGAAAAUAUGGCUACUUGUCCACACCACCAUUAGUGAAAGACUAUAUACAGGACAAAAUGGAGGAGACUAAAGAACGUUUUAGUGAGAAAAUGGAGGAAACCAGAGACAUUAUUAGUGAGAAGAUGGAAGUAACAAAAGACAGGAUCUCCGGAAAGCUCCAAGAAACCAAAGAGUCCUUCACUUUUAGGAAGAAGAAGGAGGAAUGAGAAGAUGAUGAGUGCAUCUUAACAUCAUUGCAGACUAUCUAUUUCCUGGAAUUGUGCAGAGAAAACUGCAUUUGUUUUUAUCCGUUUUUGUUAUAUGAGGUCUGCAUGGAGUUACCGUACUCUGAACACAUCGAUACACUUGUUUAGUCUGCACAGGAACGUGUUCCUAGAAAUCACAUAUAUAUUACAAGUUAACAUUGUCUAUGGCUUUUACAGUUAUUGGCACAUUUUCAUAUCCAUGUAAAGUUAGACGUAAUAUUAGAAGCUUUUCCUAUUGUCUACAGCAAAUUGUAAUAACACACCGGGCAAGCCGCUGGUUCAUCCUAGUAAUGGGUCAGAAGCAUGUCGGGGUGGGAGGGAGGUUUAAAGUAGGAACCCCCCCCCAUCACUGCAAUUUUACAUAUAAUCCAUUUCUGUUCACCCAGCAUAGUAUCACCCGGUACUUUGUGAAAACUGUUUUACAUAGUUUUCUAAGGUACUUUGCAAUCUGAAAGCACAAAGAAGUUUUAAUAUUAUAACUGAUGACUUAUAGAUAUAUUGGUGGCAAUUGUUAAUUGUCCAUUAUAAAGUGCUUUGAUUAGAGCAGGGAUCAGCAACCUACGGCACUCCAGCUGCUGUGAAACUACAACUCCCAGAAUGCUCCAUUCACUUUUAUGAGAGCCGAGCAUGUUUGCAUGCUGGGAGUUGUAGUUUCAUAGCAGCUGGAGUGCUGAAGGUUGCUGAUUCCACCCUAAGAGGAGUUUCCAGCCUUUUUUUUUCUUCUAAAAAUGCUACCGAUUUGGUGGUGUUUUUUGAGCCAAAGCUGCAAAAGGAAUGUGAAAUAUGAAUGAAGGAAAUCUCCUUUUGUACCUGAUCCAUUUCUGGCCUUUACCAAAUGAACAUUUCCAUGUUCCUGGAUAUACUGUGUUUUCGUAUUACAUGCAUGUGAUGCAGCCUGAUCACAAGUUUAAAGGCUUUGGACAUCUUUAGGGGCAAUUUUUUAUAAUUACAUUUUACUCUUUUGGGCAAAAAAUCAUUCUUUCAAUUGGUCUUUAUUAAAAAUGGUCCAUAAUUUUUCUUCUACAGCUUUCACUUUCACUGCCCCUACGGACUAUUCUUCUCUACCUCAGACUGAAUCUGUCCAGGGGCUGCUCUGACAGCUCGAUCUGAAGCCCUCCUCUUUGAACUCAUGAAAACUCAUAAAUAUUCAUUUAAGCUAAAUUCUUAUAAGGAGUGUUUAUGAGCUGUCAGGAGUUCAAAGAAGAAGGCUACAGAUUGAACUGUCAGAGCAGCUCCCUGACUGAUUCAGUGUGAAAACAAAAUAUUUU